UCAUUAAACGCAUUCGUUAUUGGCGCUUAUGUGUCUUUUCAACUGUGUUUAUGAAUAAAGUCCAAAAUAUUGUUGGUUUCUAGGAUGAAAAUGCUCUUAUGCUGAAUAGUUACAGUGAGUUUCAGGAGUGUGCAGCGUGACAGGCGUUGCGCGAAGUUGUGCCUCAACAAGUGUGUCAUGGCCUCUGAUGAGAAUGUCAAGUCAAGAUUGCAAAACUUCAAAAAUAAAGGAAAGGAUCAGGAUGAAAUGCGAAGAAGAAGAAAUGAGGUAACGGUGGAGCUCAGGAAGCAUAAGCGCGAGGAAACCCUGCAGAAGCGCAGAAAUGUGCCCGCCCAUGCGGAUGUAUCAGACGGAGAGCUAUCCGACCGUCCGCACUCGGCGGCCAGCCUGCAAGCGCUGGUGGCGGCAGCAGCCGGCAGCGAGCCGCAGGCGCGCCUCGCCGCCGUGCAGGCCAUCCGCAAACUGCUCAGCUCCGACAAAAACCCUCCGAUCGACGCGCUGGUGCAGGGCGGCGUGCUGCCCGUGCUGGUACACUGCCUACAGGCCGAGGAUGACCCGGCGCUGGAGUUCGAGUCGUGCUGGGCGCUCACCAACAUCGCGUCGGGCACCAGCCUGCAGACGGAGGCAGUGGUGCAGGCCGGAGCCACGCCCCACUUCCUGCGCCUGCUGCGCUCGCCGCACCCGCAGGUCUGCGAACAGGCCGUCUGGGCGCUGGGGAACAUCAUCGGGGACGGGCCGCAGCUGCGUGAUUACGUCAUUAGCCUGGGCAUCGUGCCGCCCCUGAUAGCCUUCAUCAGCGACGAAAUACCGCUCAACUUUCUGAGGAACGUCACCUGGGUGCUGGUGAACCUCUGCCGGAACAACAAGCCGCCGCCGUCGCCGGACACUAUUGGCGAGCUGCUGCCCUCUCUGAACGUGCUGAUCCAGCACACGGACGCCAACAUCCUGGUGGACACAGUCUGGGCCAUCAGCUACCUGACGGACGGCGGCAACGAUCAGAUCCAGAUGGUGCUGGACUCGGGCGUGGCGCCGCGCCUUGUGCCCCUCCUCUCGCACCGCGAGACCAAGGUUCAGACGGCCGCGCUGCGAGCGGUGGGCAACAUCGUGACGGGAACGGACGAGCAGACGCAGCAGGUGCUCAACUGCGGCGCGCUGCAGCACUUCCCCGGCCUGCUGCAGCACCCCCGCGACAAGAUUAACAAGGAGGCGGCCUGGUUCCUCUCCAACAUCACGGCCGGAAACAAGGAGCAGGUGCAGCUGGUGAUCGACCACGGCUUGGUGCCGCUGGUGGUACAGCACCUGAGCUGCGGCGAGUUCCAGACGCAGAAGGAGUGCGCCUGGUGCAUCAGCAACCUGACCAUCAGCGGCUCGCCCGAGCAGAUCCAGCACCUGGUGCGCGCCGGCGGCGUGCCGCCCAUGUGCCAGCUGCUCGACUGUAAGGACCCGCAGGUGGUGAACGUGGUGCUGGACGGCCUGAACAACAUCCUCAAGUCGAGCGAGGACGUGGAGCCGGUGGCGCAGAUCGUGGAGGAAUGCGGCGGCCUGGACAAGAUCGAGGCGCUCCAGAACCACGAGAACACCGACAUCUACCAGCUGGCCUUCGACAUCAUCGAGCGCUACUUCUCCGACGAUCUGGAGGCGGCGGUGGACCCGAUCGUGGCAGCCGCGCCGCUGGACUCGGGACAGCAGCCCGACUUCGAGUUCUAGUGCGUCCCAGCCGAACGGCCAGCGCCGCCCAGCCUGCCGCCGGGCACGCGACCGAGGACAGAGGCAGUGCCGCCGAGCGCGCCGCCGUGACGACCGGUCGUGACGGGCCGCGUGACGAUCGGGCCACGCAGCGUGCGACGGCCGGCGCGCCACGAGGAGACGGCUCUGGACGCGGUCGCGUCCAGCUCCCGGGGUCUUUCACGAGCCGAGCAGACCCGAAACCGGUCGGCGUGUCGCCACGCCGAGCCGGCCGUGUUUUAGAAUCGCGGCGUCAACAUUAUGCAUAUUCAGCAACGCACGGGAAACGCGCCCGUUUCCGAGGGCGGAUGAGUUUUAUAGUUGAUAUAUGUUCCUGGCCAAUGUCAACGUCGUGAAGGGCCCCGAAGGCGCCGCCUUGUUAUGAGAGCAGGAUAUCUAUGUGUGCGUGUGCGUGCGCGCGUCUGCGGAGCUUGUGCGUUGUUGGGUUUUCGGCCGGCGCUUCUGCCCCACUGUGAUGAAGGCAGGCGCCGGCGCCCGGCCCGGCGCCGCGGUCUCGCUCCGUCGGGAGGGCGGUCGGCACUUGCACGAUAUGGUGGGCUCUCGGUGUCCCUGCGAGGUGGUGUCGUCACCGCUGACGUCUGGAGAUCCUGUACACAUGUGGAGCGUGGGCCGGCCGCGGUCGGAGGCGACUUCCGCCGCCGGUAGAUGGCCGUAUCGCCGGCUGCCACUCGGCGAGCCUUGUUUUUCCUUUCUUUUGCGCCGGGCAUUCAGCUCACUGACUCCGCUAUAUUGCUUACCGGAUUAUCCGACGGCCGCGUUGGUCAUUCUGCUCUGGGUUGGUGGCAUCGCAGGUACCGAUGCCCUUAUUCUUGUGUUUGAUUUAUCUCUGGAGUAAAUCGCCGCUACGUUCGGAGCCGCGCGUCGGGAUCGCUCGUGUCUGCGUUUGGUCACUGCUGCAUAUAUUUUAUCCGAAUUGA